AUGUCGUCGUUCCUCCCGCGCACGCUUCUGCUCUCGCGCACCGCUUCUCCGCUCGUCGCCGCCACGUCAUCGUGUCUGUCGACGAAGCCACGCGCGCACCCCGACGGACACGUGCCGUCGCCGCUUCAACAACUCUCCGAGCAGGAAAACUCGGUAGUGGAGACUGGUAAUUUGAAAGGAAAUUCUGAAAAAAGGAAGAAAAUAUUGUUUUUUUUUCAGUUCGUCGCUUCGCGGUGAAUGUGAUCAAACCGCUGGUGCGGGAGAUGGACGAAAAGUCGCAAAUGCAUCAGAGUGUCAUCACCGGCACUUUCGAGAAUGGGGUCAGAAAAACUGCGACAAUUUUUAGAAACAAUCGCAAUUCUUUCAGUUGAUGGGAAUCGAAAUUCCGGAGAAGUACGGCGGUCCGGGCUCGUCGUUCUUCGAUGCGGUGCUCGUCAUCGAGGAGCUCGCCAAAAUCGACCCGUCCGUGUCGGUGUUUGUCGACGUGCAGAACACGCUCGUCGCGCCGCUCAUCAUCCAGCUCGGCACGGAAGAUCAGAAGCAAAAGUACUUGCCGAAGAUUGUGACGGAGGCGAUCGGCUCGUUCGCGCUCUCGGAGACCGGCUCCGGCUCCGACGCGUUUGCGCUCAAGACGCAGGCCAAAAAAGACGGCGACGAUUUCCUCAUUUCCGGCUCGAAAAUGUGGAUCACCAACGCCGGCCACGCGCAGUUCUUCCUAGUUUUCGCGAAUGCGGAGCAGGCCAAGGGCUACAAGGGAAUCACGUGCUUCCUCGUCGACCGCAACCAGGAGGGAGUGUCCGUCGGCAAGAAGGAGGACAAACUCGGAAUCCGUGCCUCGUCCACGUGCUCCGUGCACUUCGACAAUGUGCGCGUGCACAAAUCCGCCAUUCUUGGAGAGUACGGAAAAGGAUACAAGUACGCGAUCGAGUGCCUCAACGCCGGCCGCAUUGGAAUCGGGGCUCAGAUGUUGGGACUGGCGCAAGGAUGUUUUGACCAGACAAUUCCGUACUUGCAACAGAGAGAACAGUUCGGUUCUCGGCUUAUUGAUUUCCAGGUGAGCUCUGAAAAUUGACCUAAAAAAGCUAGAUUUCCAGGGAAUGCAACACCAAAUCGCGCAAGUGCGUAUGGAGAUCGAGGCCGCGCGUCUUCUGGUCUACAACGCCGCUCGGAUGAAGGAGAACGGACUGCCGUUCGUCCGCGAGGCCGCGAUGGCCAAGUUGUUCGCAUCGCAGGUGGCGACGACGACGACGUCGAAAUGUGUGGAGUGGCUCGGCGGAGUCGGAUUCACGAAGGAGUUUCCGGUGGAAAAGUUCUACAGAGACUCGAAGAUUGGCACGAUUUACGAGGGAACAUCCAACAUUCAACUCAACACCAUCGCCAAGUUGGUCGACGUCGAAUACCAGCAGAAGGCAUAG